UUCUGUCCCUUUGUAUCAGGAGAAUACCUCACAGCCCUACCUUGGUCCGUCCGUGAUCGGAGGAGUAACGUUCAAUCUCCGGCAAGCCCAUGGUGCCAUGAAGAUAGUGACUUAUAACGUGAAUGGCCUAAGGCCACGCAUCUCUCAGUUCGGUUCUCUCCUCAAAUUUCUCGGUUCCCUCGACGCCGACAUCAUAUGCGUUCAGGAGACGAAGCUAUCGAGGCAUGAACUGACGGCAGAUGUGGUGAUGGCGGAUGGAUACGAAUCCUUCUUUUCUUGCACCCGCACGAACAGCAAAGGUCGGGUGGGCUACUCCGGUGUUGCAACAUUUUGCCGUGUGAAGUCAGCAUUUUCGAGCACUGAAGUGGCGUUGCCAAUUGCAGCAGAAGAAGGCUUCACCGGCCUCCUUGAAAAGUCUGGAGGGUUUGGAACUGGAAAGGAUGAAAUCCCUGUAAAAGCAGAAGGUCUUGAAGAGUUUGCCAAAGAUGAGCUUCUCAAGGUUGACAGUGAGGGCCGUUGCAUUAUCACGGAUCAUGGUCAUUUUGUUCUUUUCAAUAUAUAUGGGCCCCGAGCUGACUCUGAGGAUACAGAAAGGAUUCAGUUUAAGCACACUUUUUUCCAGAUAUUACAGAAAAGAUGGGAGACUCUCCAGCAGCAGGGGAGGAGGAUAUUUGUUGUUGGUGAUCUUAAUAUUGCUCCUGCUGCUAUAGAUCGCUGUGAUGCUGGAUCAGAUUUUGAGAAGAAUGAGUUCAGGAGAUGGUUUAGAUCUAUGCUAGUGGAAUGUGGAGGCCCUUUCUUUGAUGUUUUUAGAGCAAAACAUCCUGACAGAAGAGAAGCAUACACAUGCUGGUCAUCGAGCACAGGUGCAGAGGAAUUCAAUUAUGGGUCAAGAAUUGACCAUAUUCUCAGUUCUGGGUCAUGCUUACAUCAAGACCAUUGCCUGCAAGAUCAUAUCUUUGUUACUUGCCAUGUUAAAGAAUGUGACAUAUUGACUCAGUUUAAGCGAUGGAAGCCUGGAAACAAACCCAGUUUCUCCAAUAACAGGUGGAAAGGAGGGAGAAGCAUCAAACUAGAAGGUUCUGAUCAUGCUCCUGUUUUUAUGAGUUUAAUGGAUAUCCCUGAUGUUGCGCAGCAUAGUACUCCAUCUUUGUCUGCUAGAUAUGUUCCUACGGUUCAUGGGUUCCAGCAAACUAUUGCAUCAGUAUUAAUGAAAAGACAAAAGGCUGAGCAAGUAAAGACCUUCGAGGUAUCAAGUUCAUUUUCAGAUGAAAAUAUUACAACUAGAAGUUGCAGUGAGAUUCUGAAAAGAUCAUCCCAAGACUGCUGUAUAUCUGACCUGCCUUCAGGCGACUUUCUGUCUUCUUCAAAUCUGCAAUCAGAAGGUGUCAUUCCAAGACUGGAUGGGCCCUCCAUAUGUUCCAUUAGUGAUUCUUCCAAUAGAAUUAUGACCGCCUCAAUAAUCAGGCAAACUAAAUCAACGCCUGGCACAGUAACAAAGAAAAAAGCAAGACAAAGUCAAUGCUCCCAACUCUCUGUGAAAUCAUUUUUCCAGAAAAGUUCCAACGUUAAAGAUGGUGUUGAUAACGCUGCAGCUGAUGCGUCACUUGAUCAGGCAGAUGAGUCAAAGUCUAAUCAGAACCCCAACAAGACUUCUAUGGGUGAUGAUGAAAGCAAGAGUUCAAAGAUGGUGGAGUUGGAUGUUAGUGCAUCCAAUCAGGAACAAGAUGUGGUAAUUUCCGGCAGUUCCCCGCAAAGGGAUAAAAAUGAUAUAGCUUUAGUGGAGUGGCAAAGGAUUCAACAACUCAUGCAGAACAGCAUACCUCUUUGUAAGGGCCAUGGUGAACCCUGUGUUUCUCGGGUAGCAAAGAAACCUGGUCCAAAUCAUGGACGCAGGUUUUAUGUCUGUGCUCGGGCUGAGGGACCAGCAUCUAAUCCUGAAACAAAUUGUGGUUACUUCAAGUGGGCUGCUUCAAAAUCUAGGCACAGAUGACGCUGGUGAUUAAUUAUUUGCCGGCUGGUCAGUCUCUGACGGUUUUGGCUGAACGGAUCUGAAGCCCUCGAUUCCCCACUUAGCCUUGAUCUAGUAGUAGCCCUUUGAUGAUGCAGGCAGAUUAUUAGAUAUUCUGGGAAAAUUGUGUUGCUAAAAGAAUUUGGCCUCGCCCAAGACUCUUAAGACUGAUGUACCGUGAGAGGGUUGCAACCAUCAGUCCAUCUCCCAACCAUGAUUUCCGCGGUAGAUGAAAUUCGCAGGCUUCUCGAGUCAUCAUCGGAGGAGUAAUAUUAUAGAAGCCUGACCACAACCAUAUGCGCCUUCGUCGCAGGCUUCGGCAUGGCAUUUGUUUUCGCCGUCUUCAUCGUCAGUUGCACAAUCCGAAGGCUCCGAGGGUACGGUGACGAAUCACAACAUCAUGGCUCAACCGCAUCGGCCGCUUCUUCGUCGGGACAACGCCACCGCCAGCAUGUGGUUGCCAUACCAGUGCACAUAUACGGCCCCAGACCGUCGUCCUCGUGCGCUGCUACGACGUCGUAUGAGUUACAGGCCUGCGCCAUAUGUUUGUGUGAGUUCGAGAAUGGGGAGCGCGUGAGUGUUCUGCCUCGAUGUAAGCACAUGUUCCACAAGGACUGCAUCGAACAGUGGGUGCCCGUGGAGUCGGUGAAUUGUCCCAUUUGUAGGGCUCCGACGGUAGGCGGAGACGCAUGUUCGGCGUGGAUGAAUUGCUGAUGGUAGUUGAGAACUCAUCACCACCUGCAUUGUUGGCCCCCAACUUCCCAAGCAGUGGGAUGACGAUUUCUUUCGCUCGGCUUUAGAUUUUCCAGGGUUUUCCUUUUUUGAAGUGCAAUUUUCUGGUUGAUUGAGUUUGAGAGUGAGUCAUACAUCAUUUCGGCUGGUUGAUUGAGUCAUAGAUUGAAUUUGCAAGAAAGUAAAAUUUCAAUGAAAGAAAGACCCGUUUUGCUUAGACCA